AUGACGAAGGCGGAAGACACUCGGCCUCACCUCGCAGGGCCAUCCAAUUUCACCGGUCACGCGCCUUUCGUGCAGCCAUCCUCGUACCUUCGCCCUCCAAUGUCCUCCCAACCCGAGAGACCAAUUGAUGUUGAAGAGCGACAAGGCCUGCGUGCCAUUCGCAAUUUUCUCAAAGUUCGCACGAGUUACGAUGUCCUUCCCUUGAGUUUUCGCCUCAUCAUCUUCGAUACUGGACUAUCGGUCAAGGAGAGCUUGAACAUUCUCAUUCAAAAUGGCAAGUCAACACGCAUUGUCUCAGCCCCGUUGUGGGACUCAAAAGCGUCCAAGUUCGCCGGCCUGUUGACCACCUCUGACUACAUCAACGUUAUUCAGUACUACUUCCAGAACCCAGCCGCCCUCGACCAGAUCGAUCAGUUCCGGUUGGAUAGUUUGCGAGAAGUGGAAAAGGCGUUGGGUGUCGCCCCUCCCGAGACCAUCUCCAUUGAUCCCGAGCGUCCCCUCUACGAGGCGUGCCGGCGCAUGUUAGAGUCUCGCGCCCGUCGUAUUCCCCUUGUCACCAAUGACAGCCAAACCGAUCGAUCGCACGUCCUCAGUGUCAUCACUCAAUACCGCAUCCUGAAGUUUGUGGCUGUCAAUGUCGGUGAUACACAGAAGCUCCGCCGCCCACUGGGGGAAUUACUGCUGGGCACAUACAACAAUAUUGCGACAGCUUCGAUGGACACUCCAGUCAUUGAUGUGAUUCAUAUUCUGGUUGAGCGCAGCAUCUCCAGUGUGCCAAUCCUAAACUCCGAGGGGGUCGUCUACAAUGUCUUUGAAGCAGUUGAUGUCAUUGCUCUGAUCCGCGGUGGUGUCUAUGAUGAUCUCGGCUUGACUGUGGGAGAGGUUUUGAAAAAGCGAUCGCCAGAAUUUCCCGGCAUUUAUACAUGCUCAUUGAAUGAUGGACUUGACACAAUCUUUGAUACCAUUCGCAAAUCUCGAGUGCAUCGUCUUGUGGUUGUGGACGAACAUUUCAAGCUGAAGGGAGUUUUGACCCUGAGUGAUAUCCUCCACUACAUUCUCCUUGAGGGCGAAACUGACGAAGUAUGA